GUGGAUGUACGUAUUCUAUCUGGAGCAAGUGCUUUUCAGUACAUGUCAGUUGCAUUUCUUGCAUCUUCUGUUGAGGUGCGAACCGAAUCCAAAGUAGCUCACUCGACGAGUGACGACGACUCUGAGGCUGGAGGGGGUGGAGUGAGGCCAAUUUUGUUUUGGCCCACUUCGCACUUUCUCCAUGGUUUUUGUAACAGGCGAGGUCUGCGUUGCUUGAUAAGCUGAGAAGCCGAUUGGUGGUCCGUGGAGACUUGACACUGGGACGAGGGAUUGGCAGUUCGAGCAAUCAAUCGCUGAUUGCUGUUGGAGCGAGGACGAAUCGGAGCUUUGCACGGUUUCAUAAUGGCGAAGCUCCGUGAGACAUACGCUCCCAUGCCCACUACCGAGAGGGGUAGUGGGAUUCUGAUCUCUGGAGAUCCCAAGUCUAAUUACAUUGCUUACGCAAAUGGACGAUCCGUGCUACUCAGGAGCCUAGUCAACCCGCUGGAGGUGGAUGUGUACGGAGACCACGGAUAUAAUGUGACAGUGGCCAGAAUUUCGCCCAGUGGGCAGUGGGUUGCUUCAGGGGAUGUUUCUGGUACUGUGAGAAUCUGGGCCAGGGGAAACGAUCACAUUUUAAGAUUUGAGAUCAAGGCUCUCUCUGGAAGGAUUGACGAUCUGCAGUGGUCGGACGAUGGAGAGCGCAUUGCGGUCUGUGGUGAUGGGAAGGGAAAAACUUUUUUGCGAGCUUUCAUGUGGGAUUCCGGAUCCAAUGUCGGGGAGUUUGAUGGCCAUUCCAAGCGUGUCUUGUCCUGCUCUUUUAAACCAACCCGACCCUUCCGCAUUGCGAGCGGAGGAGAGGACUUCUUGGUGAACUACUAUGAGGGGCCACCGUUCCGCUUCAAAACAUCUCACAGGGAACAUUCGAAUUUUGUGAACUGUGUACGUUAUUCUCCUGAUGGUAACAAGUUCAUCACGGUUGGAUCAGAUAAGAAAGGAACCAUAUAUGACGGAAAGUCAGGUGAGAAAUUGGGAGAAUUGUCUGGGGAUGACGUACAUACUGGUAGCAUCUACGCAGCGAGCUGGAGUCGUGAUAGCAAGCAGGUACUCACAGUCUCAGCGGAUAAGACUGCAAAGUUAUGGAACAUCUCUGCGGAUGGAUCAGGAACUGUUACUACAACAUUUUCGCUUGAAGGCGAUGGAGGAGUAAGAGACAUGCAAGUGGGAUGUCUGUGGCUUAAUGACUAUCUUAUCUCGAUAUCUUUGGGUGGGAAGUUGAGUUAUUUGUCGCAGGCAAAUCCAACUCUUCCCCCAAAAGUCAUCUCAGGGCAUUUGAAAAGUAUCACAGCAAUAACACUGGCUACGAAUGGUGGCAAGACAGAGAUUAUUUCCAGCAGUUAUGACGCAGUUAUCAUAAGGUGGACAAUGGGCACUGGAUACCUGGGUCGGUUAGAAAUCGGAGAUCUCCUGCCAACAGUGAAGAAUUUAGUGAUCGCUGACCAGCAAGUUUAUCUCUAUGGUCUUGACAAGCAGAUAUGGACUGCAACCCUUGCCGAAGAAGAAUUGAAAGAUCUGGCUCCUCUGGAUUUAGGUGCGCAGCCAAAAAGUUUAGAUGCCGUUGUAACUCCGAAAGGAGAGCUCGCUCUGGUAAUUACAGACAAUGAGCUCGUCCUUUUACUGGGCUCAAAAAUCUUAUCGAAGACUCCUACAAAGUACACCGCAAAAGCUGGUGCAUUAUCUCCCAAUGGGACUGAAGCAGCUGUAGGUGGUGAAGAUGGAAAGGUUUACAUUUACAGCGUCCAGGGCGAUACGCUUUCCGAGGAAAACGUGUUGGAGAAGCAUCGCGUACCUGUUACAACUGUCAGAUUUUCACCCGACGGUACAAUGGUGGCUUCUGGAGAUCAAAGCAGGGAGGCUGUUGUUUGGAGCCGGGAGUCCGGAGAUUGGCAGGUAAAGGUGAAGAACAUGCUCUAUCACACUUCCCGCAUCACCGCAAUAGCCUGGUCUCCGGACAGUCUCCAAGUUGCAACAGGCUCAGUCGACACCAGCGUGUAUGUCUAUGACGUGACGCAAGUUGCAUCAACCCGGAAAGUCAUUAAAGGGGCUCAUUUAGGAGGUGUUUCCGCUCUCGCUUUUGUGGACGCACAAACGCUUGUGACUGGUGGAGAUGAUGCUUGCCUGCGCCUAUGGGACUUGUAAUUCAGGCUGUGAUAUACUCCAUGUUCAAAUCAUGACAUAACGAAAGUGUUCAAAUAGAAAUGUGUGUGGAACAUUCAUCCCGGUGGAGAUCAAGUUUUGCAAUUUGGCAGUACGUAUGGAUCUCUCGAAUAUCUUUUUGAGAGCGGAAGAAAAGUCGGCACCGGCUCGAGUGCGGAGUGAGAUUUCUCAACGUCUGGUUCACUGGUUUAACCGGAAUUUGAACCUGCAGGGUUUUUUUCUUGUUGUCAACUCGAGAGUUUUGUCAAUUCCCUCAUUGUGGUAUUGUUGGUGUUUGAUCGUUGAGAUUGUGUGUCGAGGGCAUUCAAAGACACGGUACAAUUGGCUGUAAGAAUCUACUGCUAUUUGAUAAAGCGUACGUGCACAUGGUUUUCUCAGGGGUAGGCAACAGAAAUAGUUUGGUGUCAAGGGUUUUUUGUUCCUUACGGCAACCAUCAAAACCCGCAAUGUUUCAGCCUCCAUUUAUAUUGUUACGGUGGCUGAAGCCAGCACCCUCUAGUUGGUGCUCAAGAUCUAAUAGCCAGAUAUAACCACCAGAAGCUGAUGUGUUGUCGGCUCUGAGUAAUUUGGGAGCUGAUCCAAGGCUCCAGGAUCUUCAUUCAGUAAAUGUAAACAAGAUGUAGAUCCCAGAACGGGCAUGCUUCGUUCAUUGUUGGAGAAAGUAGAUGGUCUCUUUCACU